UUUGUUAACCCGUGACGGUACGGUGGGGGGUGAGGUGAGUCAACCGGAUGAAGGCUAGGCUUGCGGGUGUCCGUCCACAUGAACCACACACACACACACACACACGCAGGUCAUUCAUGGUGGGGGAAGAAAGACAUGUAUGUCGGGUGCCGUGUAGUAGCAAGGCAAGGCAAGGCGAGUAGUAGGGAGGGUGUGGGGUAUGAUACAGUCACGUUACACCUGCAUGCGUCAAUGCUGCAGCACAUCAGGUAGACGAGAUGGAUGGAUGGACGACAGACAGGUCUGCCCUGUUGCGUCCUUGUUGGUGCUUCGUGCUCCCUGCCUGCCUGCGUGACGUGAGCAACACAGGGGGCGGCUCUCAUCCAAUUGCCAACCUCCGGGGCAGAAAAGUGUCAACACACAAGAAAGGCAUACGUACUUGUUGCGGGCAAGUGCAUGCCAUAAAUCACACACAUACAGCCAGCCACACGGGAACCAGUUUCAGUUAGGAAGAGGCCUACAUCCAUCCAUAUCCAUCGGAUGCAUCGCUAUGCUACAAGUCAACCAGUAAGCGAGAGCAAGAGCCGGUCAGGGUGUCAGGUAUGUCAGGUAUGGUGGGGUAAGGUAAGGUCGAGUGUGUGAGCAUAUGGAAGAAAAGCAAAUAACGUGACACAGAGCAGAGAGGGACGGACGGCCAACGCUUUCGAUCCAAUGAGAGAUUGAUAUCACCCUCCCUCCCCCCCUCUCUCUCCCCCUGUCUGUAAUCUCUCAGGCACCAUCCAUCCAUUCAACGAUGUCUGUCUGUCUGUCUGUCUGUGCGACCCACCCGCUCACUACAUCCCUCUACCACCCUGCGCUCUCCUGUGCGAACUCGAGUUCCACCUCGUUGGUGCCGGCCUCUUUGGUGAGCAUCCCCACCGUCACGUGGCCCUCCUGCGCCUCGCCCUCGUGCUUGAGCACCACCCCCUCCUCCUUGUUGAGGGCCGUGGGGCAGUGCCCCUCGAUGAGGCGCUCCAUGGUCAUGUCCGACGAGACGCCCCACCUCUGCGUCUUCUUCUUGUACUUGAGCACCACGUGCACCACGUGCUCCUCCUCCUCAUCGGGCUCGUGCUCGGCAGCGGCAGCAGCGGCAGCAGAGGCGGCGGCGGCGGCAGCAGCCUGCACGUAAGGCAACGCACAAGACACACACCACACAACACGACACAAUGACGGACCCACAGGUAUGUAUCCCUCACCCCCCCACUCCCUCACUCACCUUGCCCCGCCCCCCCUUGGCCCGCCCCUUCUUCUCUAUGGCCGGCUUCGUCGUCCGCUUGCCCUUCCCCCCUCCAGCACCGGCAGCCUUGGCCUUGGCCUUGGGCUCAGCCUUUGCCGGACGUCCACGAGUCGCCGGCGCGCUGGCACUGCGCCCGCCCUUCUUGCCACGAGCAGCGGGAGGCGCCUCCUUGGCCUUGGCCUUGGCGGCAUCCAUGAGCUUCUUGAGCUUGGGGGUCAUGUAGGUGAAAUUCGAUGUGGGCUGCAGGCGGUUUGACAAACAGAAUCAUGGCAAACAACGUGACAUACACAGGUGGGGUGGAUGGUGCUGUGCUGGCCGGGCCAGCCUACCUACCUCCCAGGUGUUGGCGCUUUCGGGCCACCCCUGCCACUUGACGUACCAGAUGUCUUCCCUCUUGCCCGCCACACCUGCCAUGCAUGCAGUCAAUGCAGCCAAUGCAUUGAGGGGCAAUAAUCAGCCCCUUCCUGUUCCCUCUUUCUCACCCUCGCGCGUGUCGUACUUGCGAAUAUCCUCCCAUUUAUACCUGAAGCACACAAGCAAAGCGCGAUGCGUGCAUCCUGCGAUUGCCCUGGUCUCUCUCACAGCUUACUCCUCAUCGCCCUCGGCAGUCUUGAUGGGGCCUGGUUUGAUGGGGCCUGGUCGUGUCAUGCUACCAAACAACGCUCAAGCAACGCGGAACAACACCAACUCAACCGCC